CCGUAUCUCUCAGAUACUUAUUCGUUUCGGUUUCGUUGCUGCUGUCGGUGUCGUUGCGUUGUUGCUGCUGGUGCGGUGUUUUUUCUGGUCGCAGCUCCGAUUGAGAAUAAGAAUCAGACGAGUUAAAAUAUAAGUAAUAGCUUCAUCGGUCCCACGAGCGAAAUACGCACCAAAAUCGAUCGGAAAGACGUCUUUUUUGAACACACACCGCCCGACCACUCUCUGACACUCACACUCACACUGAAAGAAUCGCGCUACGCAGAUUGCGAAUGCAUACGGCGAAAGAUACAAAUAGAAAAAAUCUAAGCAGAAGAAAAAUUUUGUUAGUGAAGUGAAGAGGAAGUAGUGGUGACCUGUGCGCGUGUAUUUGUGCUUUCCUCGUGCGUGUCAUCUCGUCUGUGUGGUGCUCCUCUCUGUGUGUGUUUCCCUCCCCCAUUUUGCAGGCGCGAGUGCGAAGAGCAUAGCAGUAGCUGUAUCUCGCCAUGGGUAAGCAAAAAAUCUACUGUGCGAAAUGCACGAAAAAAUGCUCCGGCGAGGUGCUCCGCGUGGCAGACAACCACUUCCACAAGGCCUGCUUCCAGUGCUGCCAGUGCAAGAAAUCCCUGGCCACGGGCGGAUUCUUCACAAAGGACAGUGCCUACUACUGCAUACCGGACUACCAGCGCCUCUACGGCACCAAGUGCGCCAACUGCCAGCAGUACGUGGAGGGCGAGGUGGUCAGCACCAUGGGCAAGACGUAUCACCAAAAGUGCUUCACCUGCUCCAAGUGCAAGCAGCCCUUUAAGUCGGGCAGCAAGGUAACCAAUACCGGAAAGGAGGUGCUCUGCGAGCAGUGUGUUUCGGGUGCUCCAGUGUCGCCCAGUCGUCAGGCGGGUGGAGGAGGUGUCUCCUCGCCCGCUCCUCCGGCGGAGAGUCCCACGCGGGCCACGGCUCAUCAGCAGCACGGCGGUGUGAUUUCGCACAAGGCUCAUCUCAAGGAGGACUAUGAUCCCAACGACUGUGCUGGAUGCGGAGAGCUUUUGAAGGAGGGCCAGGCUCUGGUGGCCCUCGACAGGCAGUGGCACGUCUCCUGCUUCCGGUGCAAGGCCUGCCAGGUGGUGCUCAACGGAGAGUAUAUGGGCAAGGAUGCGGUGCCCUACUGCGAGAAGUGCUACCAGAAGGGAUUCGGGGUGAAGUGCGCCUACUGCAGUCGCUUCAUUAGCGGCAAGGUGCUGCAGGCUGGCGAUAAUCACCACUUCCAUCCAACCUGCGCCCGCUGCACCAAGUGCGGCGACCCCUUCGGCGAUGGCGAGGAAAUGUACCUGCAGGGUAGUGCCAUCUGGCACCCACGAUGCGGCCCGGGUCCCUCCGAGUCCGGCAUUAUUCUGAACGGAGGAGGCGGCGGUAGCACCUCGGUGGCCGGAGGCGCUUCUAAUGGCAACUUCACGGACACCGAGUGCGACCGGAUGAGCUCCAGUGCCCUCAGCGAGAUGUACAUCCGUUCCAGAACACCGAGUUUUAAUGGUUCACUUUAUUCCUCUAGCCGCAAGCACUAUCGGACGGUCAGUCCCGGUCUGAUACUCCGCGAGUAUGGAAGACCCAAUGCCGAGGACAUCUCGCGAAUCUAUACCUACAGCUAUCUGACGGAUGCGCCACACUAUCUGCGCAAGCCGAUCGAUCCUUAUGACAAGACGCCGCUUUCGCCGCACUUUCACCGGCCCUCGUCCUACGCCGCCACCACGGCCAGCAAUGCGGGAUCCGUGGCCGGUAGCCGUCCUCCGUCGCGUCCCCACUCGAGGACACGCAGCGCCAUGAAGGUCCUGGUGGAUGCCAUCCGCUCGGAGACGCCGCGGCCCAAGAGUCCCGGCAUGAACAACGAGGAGCCCAUAGAACUGUCCCACUAUCCGGCUGCCAAGAAGCCGCCGCCGGGCGAGCAGCCCAAGAUCGAGCGGGACGACUUCCCCGCUCCACCGUAUCCGUACACGGAUCCGGAGCGCCGGCGGCGGUACAGUGACACCUACAAGGGUGUACCCGUGUCCGAUGACGAGGACGAGAAUGGCAAGCAAACCAAUGGCAAUGCCAAGAACGGCGAGGAGCAGCAACGCCUUCAACGCGAGGCCGAGCAGUUGGAGAAGCUGAACUCGGGAAUUGGCUCAGCGAUUGCCAAGGACCUCAAGGAGCAUGCCAAGUAUAGGAAGUGGAAGCAGAACAAUCUGGAUCCGCGCAACGCUUCCAGGACGCCUUCUGCUUCCAAGGAGCCGGUAUACAAGUUGAGAUACGAAUCACCCAUUGGGGCCUCACCCUCGCGCAAUCUGGACCACCAGAAGCCCUUCUACGAGGACGAGAUGUUUGAUCGCUCCACCAGCUAUCGCGGCUCGCUUGGCAAAUCCUUGGGAAACGCGCCCAGUUACAAUGUGGUGAGUGCGCUGCGCCAUGUGCCAAAGCCAGGAUACGGCCUGGCACCACGCUCCCACACAUUCAGCUCCACCACAUCUGCUGCGGCCACGAUGCAUGGUGCCACUGAUUUCUCGUAUGGAGGUCUCGGCGACAAGACGCACAGCACGGAUUUGAGCUGCGGCAAAUCGGAGGCUUCUGUGGACUCGAUCACCGAGGGCGAUAGACGCGCCCUUAUGGGCGGAGACCUGCCCGCCUCAAGCACAUACUCGGGGGCUCUCUCCUACCACUAUCCGCAGGCCGGACUCAUCCGUCGCAGUCUACCCAACAUGGCCCACUCGAUGCUGGUGCACGAGCCGGCAAAGAUCUAUCCCUAUCACCUACUGCUUAUUACAAACUAUCGUCUGCCUUCUGACGUUGAUCGCUGUAAUCUGGAGCGUCAUCUGUCAGACAUUGAGUUCGAGCACAUCUUGCAGUGCGCUAGGUCGGAGUUCUACAGGCUUCCCCAGUGGCGGCGUAACGAGCUGAAGCGCCGGGUGAAGCUCUUCUAAGAGCCCAGUUACCGCUGCCAGAUGUGACGAUGGCUAUCCAAGUGGAGGCUGCACAUGUGACGAAACCAAAAGAAUUCAAUUUACCUUAAACAGCCGAGGGUUAUAUGGAUGAGAGGAGCAAACAAUACAAAAUGAAAACGAAAUGGGAAACUAUGCUAAUUUCACAGCCAGUUUUGAAACACGCUUUAAAUAAAUAGUUGAUGCAAGUGAAACCAACUAAACUAAAUUUAACGAAACAUAGUUACAUUUACAGUGCGGAGCUGCCGGCGUGCGGCUCCAGUUUAUUUUUUUAAGAAUUAGUUGCGCUAAAGCAAAAAUUGUAACUGAAAACUAAAUAUACAUGCAUACAUGGUGUAUAUGCAUAUGGAAGGAACAGAUGAUCCCGAAUAAAAACGAAGAGUAUUCAGAUUUCAAUUAGUUAAACAAUAUGAUCCGGCAUGAUCGCUUUUUAUACGCAGUGCAAGCGCAAACACAAACUGGACCUAUUUUCUAAAUUACACUUUAAUUCAGCCUAAGAAUGAUAAAUGCAUCAAAGAAUGAGCAAUUAAUGUACCUACAGCAGAAUCACACAGCAGCAAGCGCGAAUCGUUAGAUGUGUGGCAUCAAAAAUUUACGCUAAACCAUUACGCAAAUUUUAUUUAUUACUAAAUAUUUUAUUUAUUUAAAUAGAAUAUGUCAAAGAAUAAACCAGAGAUAAUAAAACAGGACAAAAGCAA